AGAUGGCCGGAGCGGCGGCGGCGACCGCGACCCCCGUGUACUGUGUGUGCCGGGAGCCCUACGACGUGAGCCGCUUCAUGAUCGAGUGCGACAUCUGCAAGGACUGGUUCCACGGCAGCUGUGUCAAAGUAGAGGAGCACCAUGCUGUUGACAUUGAUCUGUACCACUGUCCCAACUGUGCAGUUCUGCAUGGACUAUCCUUAAUGAAGAAGAGGAGGAACUGGCACAGACAUGACUACACAGAGUUUGAUGAUGGUUCCAAACCAGUCCAAGCUGGAACACGGACUUUUGUUAAACAACUGCGGGCUCGCUCAUUCUCAAGUGCUGAUGAAAUCAUUUUGAAAAUGCAUGGCAGCCAGCUGACACAAAGAUACCUGGAGAAACAUGGGUUUGAUGUCCCUAUUAUGGUUCCUAAAUUAGAUGGUCUUGGGCUCAGACUCCCUCCCCCUACUUUCUCCGUUUUGGAUGUGGAACGCUAUGUAGGUGGCGACAAAGUGAUAGAUGUAAUUGAUGUGGCAAGGCAGGCAGACAGUAAAAUGAAGCUUCAUAAUUAUAUUAAGUAUUUCAUGAAUCCUCAUCGACCAAAAGUAUUAAAUGUGAUCAGUCUGGAAUUUUCAGACACAAAGAUGUCUGAAUUGGUGGAAGUCCCUGACAUUGCCACAAAGCUUUCGUGGGUGGAAAACUACUGGCCAGAUGACUCUGUCUUCCCCAAGCCUUUUGUUCAGAAAUAUUGCUUGAUGGGAGUUCAGGACAGCUACACUGAUUUUCAUAUUGAUUUUGGGGGCACAUCAGUCUGGUACCAUGUUCUGUGGGGUGAGAAGAUCUUCUACUUGAUCAAACCUACUGAUGAAAAUCUGGCUCUCUAUGAAUCUUGGAGUUCCUCUGUCACCCAGAGUGAAGUGUAUUUUGGGGAUAAGGUAGACAAAUGUUAUAAAUGUGUGGUGAAACAAGGACAUACCUUAUUUGUUCCUACAGGCUGGAUUCAUGCUGUGCUCACAUCUCAGGACUGUAUGGCUUUUGGAGGAAACUUUUUGCACAACCUCAAUAUUGGCAUGCAGCUCAGGUGUUAUGAAAUGGAGAAAAGGCUAAAAACCCCAGAUCUUUUCAAAUUCCCUUUCUUUGAAGCCAUCUGUUGGUUUGUGGCCAAAAACUUACUGGAAACUUUGAAAGAACUGAGGGAAGAUGGUUUCCAGCCCCAGAACUUCUUAGUCCAAGGAGUGAAGGCUUUACUUAGUGCUUUAAAGUUAUGGAUGAAAAAAGAACUUGUAACAGAACAUGCCUUUGAAAUUCCCGACAAUGUUAGGCCUGGGCAUCUCAUUAAAGAACUCUCUAAAGUGAUUCGCUCUGUAGAGGAGGAGAACAGCAAGCCAGUUAAAACUCAGGGAAUUCUUGGUAUGUGCCCAGUUUCACGAUCCUCACAUGAAGCAACCUCUCCUCACCAUUCCAGAAGAAAAGUGAGGAAACUGCGAGAUCAUACGACCAAAGUUCCUUCUAAUUUGGAUAUCCUGGAGCUCCACACAAGGGAGGUACUCAAAAGGCUGGAGAUGUCCCCAUGGGAGGAGGACAUAGCAAACUCUAAACUGAAUGGAAGAUUUAACAAGCCCUUUCAGCCAUCUUCUACAGUACCUGAAUGGAGAACAAAGGACAAUGAUCUACGCCUUCUGCUUUCAAAUGGAAGAAUUAUUAGAGAUGAGCGACGACCAUUUACAGAUCGAAGUCUUUACACGGCAGAUAGUGAGGAUGAGGAUGACAGGACGAGGUCAAAAAAGACAAAGACUAUUAAGCUGGAAGACCAGAGCUCAGGGUUGGAAGAACAAGGGACUGCAGAUGCCCAGAAACCACUGAACAUGUUCUUUGAAAGUGUGAAAUCAGAACUCAGGAAUGGAUCCUCAGAGUACUCUGAUAUUUCUGAUUCAGAAGAAUCUGAGCCUGAUUGCACUACCCAGCUAAAUAAUUCCUCUACGGAGGAGUCGGAAAGCUCAGGUGAUGAAGAGAAACAGGAGGUAACAUCAAAUUUCAAGGAGGAAUCUAAGGUGAUAAGGGACCUCUGUCAAACUACCCAGAAGCCAUCUAAAAAUGAAACUCCAAGUAAAGGGGAAUGUCCUACCUCGACAAGUACAGAAGAAGAAGCUAUUCAGGGCAUGCUUUCUAUGGCAGGAUUGCACUAUACCACAUGUUUACCAGGUCAUAUACAAAGCACACACUGCACAGAUAAAAGAACCUCUCAUCAGGAACACAGAAGUUACCCCAGAAGUAAGCAUAAGGACAGGCAGCCAUCCCAGAGUCAUAAAACAGAAUGUGGUAAGCACACGAGAGAAGAGGAAAGAGGCGUGGGGACUUCAAUAUGGGCAAGACAGCUAAAUGCAGCUUCCAGGGUUACCCCUCAGGAUACAAGUAAAGCUCAGAAAUAUAUUAAGAAGGAGAGUGCAUCAGAAGCUAGUCAUAAGGUUCAGGAGAAUAGAAAUUUUACACACAACAAUGGCUUGAGCUUCCAACAUGGCAAGUGCACGCGGGACUCGACCCUGAUCCAAGGGGAGUGUCGGUUGAGUGACGGCAGCCUCAGCCCUGAUAGGCCAUAUGGUGAGACGUCCUUGUCUAUACCCCUUCACCCAACCAAGAGGCCAGCAUCAAAUCCACCCCCUAUCAGCAACCAGGCCACAAAAGGCAAGCGUCCAAAGAAAGGAAUGGCAACUGCCAAACAGCGCCUUGGGAAGAUCCUUAAGCUGAACCGAAAUGGCCAUGCACGCUUCUUUGUUUGAUGUAGCUGCUACUACUACUACUGCUGCUGUCUUUCCUUCACAGCCAGUAUUGAGGGCAACAGAGCCUGGAGCUUCUGCUGUUCCUCUACCCGAAGCAGACUUGCAUGUACCAUGUAGAACACUGCCUAAUGAACAAAAAAACCAAUGCUGCAUUUUCACUGUGCCACACCCGCUCAGCAAUAACCAUUUGGGAAUGGGGAAUCUUCAGAGAGACAAUGGACUGGGAAACAGUCUCUCAUCAGGGCUUGAAUAUAACUUUGUUGCUGGUAGUGUCUGAGCUAAUUCAUGAGGGGAAGAUGAUAAAGGUGGUUAUCCAUAAUUUAUUUCUGACAGAUUUUUACAACUUUUAAAUUCAUUUUUAACUAUUUAUUUGGAAGACUUUUUUUGUGGGGGUUAUUAAUUUAGAUUUAAGAAUGUGAAGGUUUUUAAUUGUUCUUGAUAAUGUAUGUUUGGUGCAGUGGAGAGCCACAUUAAUGGUGAUUAGUCUGGACUCCUAAAUUUGAUAUUCAGGUUAUAGUCUUAAACAGGGAUGUGAUGCAUUAUUAAUUAUUUUUAAAUUAAGUCAUAUGGAAUCAUAUUUUAUAUUUUUUUUCUGCUCUUUAUAAGCUAUUGAUUGGGCUUUUGUUGCCCUGUAAGGUGCAUGUGCUCUGCCAGUUUAGUUCCCUUAGCCUCUCCCCAUUCUGUACACGUUGCUGACUCACCAAAGUGGAGAAGCAAAGACUCUUCUGUAUACAAGGAGAGCAUGAUUAUUCAAGUUCAGUAGCUAACAUGUCUUAAACAGCCCCCCUCCCUCAAUUUGGGGUUUAUGCUCUUCCUCCUGCCAUGAUUGGUGUUUGGUCCAGGCCAUGUGAUUUUUCUCUCUUAAGGAGAAAAUAAAAUCGCUUUGCGAAGUUUUAUUUAUACAACUUGUUAGUACAGAGGUGAGCAGCUUUUAUCUUUUCCUGGGGGAUGGGAGAGAGUGCAAUACGAUGGGUUAAGUUUCAUAUUUCAGAAUAAUUGUGUUGGUUGAAGAAACAAUUCUUAAAAUUAUAAAUAGCAGAAUUAAGAUUUGGCAGAUUACUUCCUGUGGAGGGAGCACUAAAACCAGUGAUAAUCAUUAGUAUACUUCAAAAAUGUAUUUUACCGAGGAACUAAGGAGGCAGUUGAACAUGUGCUGCUUGCAAGGCUGCACAUGAGAGCCAAUUUCAGUCUUAACAGGUGCAUAUGUAAGUGUUGAGUUUAGUAACUAGCUGAUCUCAGAACGAUCAUUUGUGCCAUGCUUUACAUAGAGCUGAUAGUAAAUGCCAAUUCUGA